AAGGGGGGGCGGGAGGUGAGUGAAUUGGAUCCUUUCCCUGCUGGUGCCUCUCACACCCUGAUACAAAUUCUCUCCAGUUCUUCCCCUUUUCUCAAAUGUCAAUUUAACAUCUCCGGUGUGGGGGAUUUUCCCACCCAUUUUAUCUGCAGCGAUUUGUCCGUGUCUAGGUGAGAAAUUGUUCCCUGAGUCGGUCCCCAAAACAUGGCUGCCCCUGGAGUGGGGAUGGGAUCCUCUUCUCUGUCAGGGUGGGGGAAGCGAGGAGCAAGUGCCCCCCCGUGGAGACUGCCCAGACCCCGGUUUCCCAAUCCCACUUGCUGGCCCCAAACUGCCAACACAAUUGCCCCCAGCUAUCCGUUGACCCUCACCUGCCCAUCCCCCACUGCUGCCCCCUUCCCUCACCCAGGAAGCCUUCCCGCUCCUCCUCCGCCGCCACCCUCUUAAAUCGCCUCCUGAAAUGGCUCCCCGCUGCCCGUGUGAAUGGUGGCAGACGGGGAACCAUCACUUUCUGUUUAUGUAUUGCACAGUCAUAUAAAAUCUAGUCAAACAGUCCCUCUUUUCCAACUAGUUAUUUCAUAGCAAUAUAAAAUUCCCUCUGAUCUUGGUGUUUUUCUCUCAUGUUAUCAAUUACUUUGUGACACGUAUUCUCUGCAGAUCUCAAAGAUUGUUAUGAAAUACCCUAAACAUUUGCCCCACUUUUUCUCUAGUUGUCCAUUUCUAAUUGAAUAUGCCCUGAGAUUUUCCCUGUCUCCCUUAAUUAUAAAAUACUAAGUAAACCUCAGAUUUACACCUUUUCUCAGAUUCUUCAACAUGGAAAUAAAAUGUUUGCAACUGUUGCCCAUUUCCUCUCUAUUCAUUUUUCAAAGAUUGAUGUGAAAUACGCUCCAAUUUUACCUCCUAUCAACAACUGAUAUAAAAUCCCUCUGAUUUUCCACUUUCCUCUCUCUAAUUUGCAAAAUGGGAGGAGGGGGGUCCCAGGCAAAGGGCAUGGCAGAGGCUCUGGGGCUGCUACUAAAUUUGUGCCCCGAGUCCUUCUCCUAGAUCUGGGGGGUGAGGGAGGUGGGAAGGGGGUUAGCACUGCUACACAGUGACCUCUUCCACAUCACUCUGGACUCAUCCUUUCUGAAAUCUGGUUUCAUUGAGACCAUUGUUAAUCCAGAGUAUGGAAGGACAAGGAGUGACUCCAGAUGAACAGUGGGGCAAAUGAGAUUAGCAAUUCUCCCUGUGAGGAGGUGCUCUCAUUAGCUGCUCUCCCCAGAGAGCUAAAGGAGGGAAGGCUGCUCAAAGGCUCUGUCCCUCUCUCCUAAGGAUAUUGGGGUUCAGCUUCCUGGGUCAGACGCUGCAGCCUCCAUUGUGAUCCGGGAGACCAGGUUUAGCAGCUGCUGCUACCCUAGCGGGGCUUCUGUGCUGGGAAGUGACCUUAAUUAAAGCUUCUUCUCUGCCCGGCCCAGGUGCUGACUUUCUCCAGCUGGUACUAGCCCCUUGGGGCAGACCUGGGCUCUGUUAAUACAAAUUCUGAGCCACAAACUUCAGGUAACUGAAAGAUCUCAGGGAAAGUGCUGGGGACUGGCAAGAAAGUGACUCUGCACAAACAGCCCCUCCUCAUUUCUCCUCCCAUUAGCAAUUGCCAGGAGAAAAUCCAGCGGUGGGAUUGCAAAGAACCCAGGAAUGGGACUUUCCCAGCCAGAGAGGCAGGGAGAGAGGACAGGGGAAGGAGAGACUGAAAGGGGCAGUGGUAGAAAUGAGUGGGAAGAGAGAUUUCCAGCUCUAGUCCACCCAGACACAUGUGUUGCAGCAUCCCUGGGCAGAAUCACUUUCCAGUGAACAAGAAAAGGAUCAGACAGAGGAAAAGCCAGUUCCUGACUCCAUAUUCCCCCUGCUCGGUUGUGGCUGCCGUGGGGCUGCAGAACGACGUCCAUGUUCCACCUCAGCUCCUCCCAUCCUCCCAUGGGACAGGGAAGAGAAAUGGCUGCAGUGGAGCCAGCUCAGGGUUUCCAGUUUCCAAACCUGAUGUGAUCUCCCAGCUGGAACAAGGGGAAGAGCCAUGGGUCCCAGAGGAAAGAGAGAUCCUGAGAGCUCCCUGCACAGGUGAUGCAAUGCUUUGUGAGAAAGAGGAGCAGAAUUCUCAUCAGGAAAAUGUUGAACAAGUGGAUAAACACAGAGAAUUAUCGCAAAGAUGGAAAAGGAAUGUGUCCAGGAGUCAUGAGCAGGGAAAACCCUUUGCUAUUCAUCACAGACCAGAAAGAGAGCAGGGAAACCAGCCAUUGGAGAAAAUGGGUAAAUUUAUUUCCUGUCGGGGAACUCAGCAGGGCCUCAAGGAAACCACAACCCAGCAGGAAAUCCUCAGGAGAAAGAGGAAAAAUACAUGCAGUGAGUGUGGGAAAAGCUUCACUCAAAGAUCAUCCCUUUUUCAGCAUCAGAGAAUCCACACCGGGGAGAGGCCCUACGAAUGCAGUGAGUGUGGGAAAAGCUUCAUCAGGAGCUCAGACCGUUCUGUACAUCAGAGAAUCCACACAGGGGAGAGGCCCUAUGAAUGCCGUGAGUGUGGGAAAAGCUUCACUAGGAGCUCAGCCCUUUCUACUCAUCAGAGAAUCCACACAGGGGAGAGGCCCUACGAAUGCAGUGAGUGUGGGAAAAGCUUCACUCAAAGAUCAGCCCUUUUUCAGCAUCAGAGAAUCCACACAGGGGAGAGGCCCUACGAAUGCAGUGAGUGUGGGAAAAGCUUCACUCAAAGAUCAGCCCUUUUUCAGCAUCAGAGAAUCCACACAGGGGAGAGGCCCUAUGAAUGCAGUGAAUGUGGAAAAACCUGCAUUCAAAUAUCAGGCCUUUUUUACCAUCAUAGAAUCCACACAGGGGAGAGGCCCUAUGAAUGCAGUGAGUGUGGGAAAAGCUUUAGUCAAAGAUCAGGCCUUCUUCAGCAUCAGAGAAUCCACACAGGGGAGAGGCCCUAUGAAUGCAGUGAGUGUGGGAAAAGCUUCGUUCAAAGAUCAAGCCUUUUUCAGCAUCAGAGAAUCCACAGAGGGGAGAGUCCCUACGAAUGCAGUUUAUGUGGGAAAAGCCUCACGAGCAGCUCAGCCCUUUCUAAACAUCAGAGAAUGCACACAGGGGAGAGGCCCUACGAAUGCAGUGAGUGUGGGAAAAGCUUUAGUCAAAGAUCAGGCCUUCUUCAGCAUCAGAGAAUCCACACAGGGGAGAGGCCCUAUGAAUGCAGUGAGUGUGGGAAAAGCUUCGUUCAAACAUCAGGCCUUUUUUACCAUCAGAGAAUCCACACAGGGGAGAGGCCCUACGAAUGCAGUGAGUGUGGGAAAACCUUCAUUCAAAGAUCAGGACUUUUUCAGCAUCAGAGAAUCCACACAGGAGAGAGGCCCUACGAAUGCAGUGAGUGUGCCAAAAGCUUCACGAGCAGCUCAGGCCUUUCUAAACAUCAGAAAAUCCACACAAAGGAGAGGCCCUACAAAUGCAGUGAGUGUGGGAAAACCUUCUCUUGGCACUCAGCCUAUGUUAGCCAUCAGAGAAUCUGCAACGGAGAUCAACACCAUAAAAACCUCUAGGGCUAUCAUUAUUUUUCUGAUUCCCACAUAGUAGCUUUUAAAGCUGUUUGAACUGUUUGCAGCACGUUAUCCCUCAGCUUGUCCAGAUGAGUGCCCCAUUUUUGCCUUUGCAGUUCGCCCUCUUGAGGUGGACCUAUUUGUCCUUUCUCUUGUCCCAUGAGUAAUUCGAGUGUGCGCUUCCUAUCAGGAACCAGGGAGUAUCCCAUUUAUACCAUUCCUCUUAUUGCAAAGUUAUUGUUAGUCACCAAUGAUACAGAUUGUAUCUGUCAUAAAUAUAAGGGGAAGGGUAAACAUCUUUAAAAUCCCUCCUGGCCAGAGGAAAAACCCUUUCACCUGUAAAGGGUUAAGAAGCUAGGAUAACCUCGCUGGCACCUGACCAAAAUGACCAAUAAGGAGACAAGAUACUUUCAAAGCUGGAGUGGGGGGAGAAACAAAGGUUCUCUCUGUCUGUGUGAUGCUUUUGCCGGGACCAGAAAGGAAUGGAGUCUUUGAACUUAGUAAGUAAUCUAGCUAGAUAUGCGUUAGCUUCUGUUUUAUUGAAAUGGUUGGUAAAAUAAGCUGUGCUGAAUGGAAUGUAGAUGCCUGUUUUUGUGUCUUUUUGUAACUUAAGGUUUUGCCUAGAGGGAUUCUCUGUGUUUUGAAUCUGAUUACCCUGUAAGGUAUUUACCAUCCUGAUUUUACAGAGGUGAUUCUUUUACUUUUUUCCUUCAAUUAAAAUUCUUCUUUUAAGAA